GCUGCGGAUGCUGCAGCGCGCGCACCUGCCGCACGCACUACGGCGCAACACAACAAAAUAAACGCGUAUCGCAACCACAUACAUCGACCACGCGAGUGCAAUGAUAGCAAAUGUGUAUUUAGUGGUGGUGAUUGUGAAGCAAAGUUAGAAGAAAAGAACUCCGCUACGCUCCUUCGGACCCAUCCGAGACAGGGCGAUGUUAAGCGCGGCCGUAGCGGCGCUAGCGUGCCUCUGCUUGGCGCGUUGCUCGCCUGCAGAAAAUUACGGCUUGCGGCUCUAUAUGCACGGCAACGCACAUAGUCUUAAGGAAUUGAAUAAAAUCCUAGCGAGCAUUGACGAGAGACUACGGACAUUGGAUACAAUCAGCACCGUGCAGAUGAAGCAAGCACGACGGCUUGACGUCAUUCAGGACAAACUUGAGCGGGUGGAGACAACACUCUCAUUGAGACUAGAAAGGGCACAGUUGGCGACAGAAAGGUUGGAACAUCGGUUGCAUAUGCUACAGACUAACAUACAAGCGACCAUCAAAGACAGCAGCGAGAGGUUAGAACGAAGUCAGCUGAAAAUUGGUGAACUGGCACAAAACUUAACCGAUCAUAUUGGGAUUCAUAAAAAUUUGUUAGAAAAGGUAAACGGCGCGUAUGCAGACACAUGGCGACGAGGACUGCUGAUAGAAAACAUGAUGCGCGACGGGCUGUCACUCGUGAACGCGACUCGACGCGAACUCGCUGACGGCCUACGAGCACUCGCUCGCCGACAGAGAGACGCCAGACUGACGUCUGUCGAUUUAGAGACAAACUUUCGAAGAAUGAACGAAAAUACCUAUAACAUCGACUUGAAGUUACAAGAAGUGCUGGAGGCACAAAAACGUUUCGUGGAUUCAUGUCAGAGGGUGCAACUUGAUGAUCCGAGCCAUGUCGCUGAUGUUCUUGACAAGUUGAUAGAAGCCCUCAUCAACAAGACCGCGUCAACGUUCCACGAGCUACAAAACAUUCAAGUGACGAUUCGAAACCAUGACAAUAAAAUUAUGAAGCUUCUGAGUACAGGACGGCCUGCUCAAAACGAGGCUACAUGUCGUCGCCUAGAGAGUGUGUUCCGCAAUGCAUCACACAACUCUCUUAAAGAAAAUGAGCUACAACAGUUAACGGAGAAAUUCGUAGCGCUAACUGACCGUGCCGACGCUGCCUUACAGCGACUGGAGGCGCAGAUGGGAGACGACAGAGAUAGGGAGCCCUCUGACGUCACAGCUGCUGCUGACCAACUUCUACUCAAGCUAAAUGGAAUCAAAGGUGAAGACACGGAAGAAGAUUUUGACUGGGAAGAGUCUGAGAGCGGGUAUUUUGACGAUGGCGGAGGUGGCGACAUGAUGGAAGAAGAUAAGAAAAUUUUGGGCGCGCGUCACGGGCGCAACACGGCAAAUCGGCCACGCGCGCCGCACCGAAGGCAUCACCAUAAACACCCAUACGACCGAGGUCCUCAGCCCGACAAACAUUCCGUGCCAUAAACAUAAGCUAAUAAU